AUGGACAAUUACAAAGAUGGCAAUGCUGCACCCGCCAACAGCCAGAAAUUUACCAUGAGCGAGGAGGCUCUGAAUACAGAGCGCCAUUCGUUAACGAGGUCGACUAAACAAUUGCGAUAUCAUGGAAUACAGUUUGUUAGUGCUGGUAACAUGGCACCAGAUGAUCCAAUAUCUCUAAGCAAGUCUCAAGAUUCACAACCUCACCAUAUGGAGGAGUCCCCAAGGCUGGAUCGGUCUCCGGGCAAUUCCGCGCCUUUUAAUAUGGGGGGAUUAAAGCCAGCCCUCGAAGAAAAUAUUUCGGCUCACCAAGGACAUGUUAUCGCUGCGUCUUCCUCCGAUUCCGAUGAUGAGGUAGUUUUCAAAGGAAGAAAACAUGUAUCCACAUUUAAUCAUUGGCAUGGAGAAACGGAAAUGGAUCGCGCCACUCCUUGUGAUAACUUUCAAAAAGAGUCCCAACUUCAAACAUACAAUGAGGUCAGCACUACAAGUCGAGAAUUGACACCCAAUUCAUUUGAAAACAUAAAUCUUGAAGGAUUUCGGGAUCGCCAGGACCAUCUCGCAAUUGCUACCGACUAUGAGGAUAUAAAUAUAUCUGAUGCCGCAAUAGCAGAUUAUAUUGCGCAUAUAGAUGAGUCUGACUCGGCGGAUGGGGAAUGCUCUUCAGGCACAAAACACAAGACAGCGAGUCCGGUGCCCAUCCACAAUCUUUCGUUCGAUAAGAUUUCCUCCAGCCAUGUCCAUGGCUCCUCCACGCCUGGUUUUGAGGACCUAGAUCCUGGUAGCGCGAAUGUUGAUGGGCCAAAUGAUGAUGAUGAUGAUGAUGACGAUGACGAUGACGAUGAUGGUGAUGAUAAUGAAAUUGAGGAAAAGUCUCCUUUGCCUUCAACAGGCCGCUUUGCACAACAACGUCGGAUCUCAAAGCUAUUAUCCAUGUCUACUUUAGCCCUUGAUGUAGAGUCGUAUGGGGCAUUUGACAUUAUGGAUUUCGAGCGACCAAGUUUGAAAAAGUCUAAAGCCAACCGCAGACAACCGCCGCCAACUUUUGACUUGUCAGAUAGCGACCUUGAAUUGGAGCUGCAUCUGUCGUGGGAGAAUGAUCGGAAAAAGAAGAAGAAGGCAAAAAAGCACCGAGAGGAGUUACGUGCCCAAGGGUUACUUGGUGGUAAGCCAGGCCAGGUGAAUUUAAAUGCUAAAUAUUCGAAUGGGAUCGACUUCGAUGACAUUCGGCAGGAGAUUCGCGUUUUUUUGUUGUCCCAGACUCAGGUACUGGCACUUCCGCCGAUGGAUAAGAAAACCCGUAAAGUCGUCCACGAAUUGGCAAAUAUAUUGUCGUUGAAGUCACAAUCCAGAGGACAUGGAAGAUCUCGUUUUCCUAUACUAACUAAAACUGCGCGGACGCGCAGUUUCGACACCGAGUCCAUUGGCAAGAUUGAAGCUCUGUUUGGCUCUGCAUCAACUGUACAGCAUAUGGGUAAAAGCCACCGGGGCCGAGGGAACGGCAUUAGAGCAGCGUCAUAUAUGGAUGGAGAUGUUGUUGGAGCAUCUGCCCCUGAAUUAGGCGCCGAAAACCGAGGACGAAUGAUGUUGGAGAAGAUGGGAUGGACAAAAGGCUCAACUUUAGGGGCAAUAAACACCCAAGGGAUUUUGCAUCCAGUUGUCCAUGUGGUGAAAACAAGCAAAACAUGCCUUGGGUGAUAAUAUGCUCUCCCAUGGGGUUAUACGGAUGUUCUGGGUCAAUGAGAGAUUGAUGCUUACAUUUUUAAAGAACGGUCUAAAUAUCA